AUGAUUAAAUUACCCAGAAACCAUGUCUCAUAUUUUUAUUCGUCACAGUAGUGUCAGUUGCCUCCUGUAUAAGGACAACCCCCUCUUGAAUUACAGCUGAAGGAACUUUUCCUGCUUCAAGAAAUAUGAUGAAGCAAUCUCCUAUAUUCACCAACCCCCAUACCCAUUGCUCCAGAUUCCUUCUCCUUUAGUGUGAGAACCUUCUCUUCUACAAAGCGACCAUGAUCUGCCUUACUAAAGAAAUAUUCGGGGCAAUAGGAGGGGUGGUGGGCCUCCUGCUCCUGCUUGUAUUCAUUCUGUCUGUCUGUACAUGCCAGCUCCGAAAAAGAGGGAUGAGGCUGAAGAGGGACAGGGAUGGUUCUUUGGAGAAACAACUUCAUUAUGCAUCUCUCCAGGGGCUUUCAGUUGCGUUAAGGGAAUGGGCUGGGGAAGAGCCUCAAAAUGAUUCCACUGGGGACUAUGCCUGUGUCAAGAAGAAGAGCCCUGCCUAAGUGUAACUGCAGAGGUCAUAUCCAAGAAGUAUGUAUCAGCAGGACCCCAGAAAUAGUGAUGAAGCCCACCAAAAAUGCUGUGACAAUGGGGAGGCCCAAGCUUCAGUGAUGGCCCUGCCAUCUUCCUAUCCUCCCCCAAGACCCCAACGAGGAGGAGGAGGAGGAAGACUCUCAGUGAACCCAAUAAAGAGUGUUUUGUUGUC